AUGUCAGAUCCCUCGUCGGCCCUGACGGGCGUCGUCAUCGGCCUCGUCUCGUCGUUUGGCUCGAUUCUCCUCAUCGGCCUCGUCGUCUUUGUCUUUUGGGCCUCGGGCUGCGCCGGCUCCGGCCGCAUCCUGCUCGACCGCCUCGGCCGCCCCGGCGAGUACGAUGACGAGCAGGCCUUUCUGCGCGAGGAGGAGGAGGCCCUGGAGACGAUGGAUGAGAUGGCCCGUACAGACUAUCUGCGAGCAAAAGCCUUUGUCACCGCCAACCCUCCCGAAUCGCUGCAAACCGACAUCUCCCUCUCACAAUAUCUCGCCAUCCAAGAAAAGGGCGUCUCUGCCUGGGAAUUUGAGCCUGAACUCGAAAUCGCCAACUGCUUCGUCGAAGGCCGCACCGAAAUCGAGUUUUACGAUUCCGAAUGCACCGUCAUGUGCAACUUGCCCGUACCGAAACAAAACGACGUCUACUACUGGGAAGCCAAGAUCUACGAAAAGCCCGAAUCGACCCUGCUCGGCAUCGGCAUGGCUACCAAGCCUUACCCCCUCUUCCGUCUCCCAGGCUAUCAUAAAUACUCGGUUGCAUAUCACUCCAAUGGCUCACGCCACUAUAACCAACCCUUUAGUCAUACCCCCUACGGUCCCCGUCUCGUCCAGGGCGAUGUCGUCGGCGUUGGAUAUCGACCCAGAACCGGCGCCAUAUUCUUCACUCGCAACGGCAAGAAGCUCGAAGAAGUCGUGCAUGGGCUCAAGUCGCAAAACUUCUUCCCUGCUAUCGGCGCCAACGGUCCGGCCACUGUUCACGUCAACUUGGGCCAGUCUGGAUUCGUCUUCAUCGAGGCCAACGUCAAGAAAUGGGGUCUCGCCCCCGUCACCGGUAGCCUCGCACCUCCACCCCCGUACGGCUCCGAGCAGGGCAGUAUUCUUCUCGAGUCCGGCACCAAGGACGGCUACACUCCAUCCCCAGGACGCCGCCACGGCCACUCAUUCAGCGGCUCCAUGUAUAGUGUCCGGGGAGCACAGCCACCCGCCAAUGCGCAGCACGGUCGAACCCGCAGCGGCAAUUUUCGAAUGCUUCCGACGAGUCCUGGCCCCGUGCGCAGCCCUACCGAUAUUUCUCUUGCCCAGCUUGUUCGCGCUGACGAGGGCGGCGAGACGAGCAGCUCUGCACAGCAGCAGCAGCAGCAGCAGCAGCAGCAGCAGUCGGAAGAAGAGCACCAGACCGAGAAUCCGCUGCACUUGCAUCUGCUCGAUGCUACGAACCCGCCGCCCGACUAUACGAGUCCCACUGGCUCCGACAGUGAAGGAAGCAGUCGCCGAAAUAGCACAGACAGCGACGAUACGCCUCUGAUUCAAGUCAUGAACCGCAGCCGCGGCAACUCGACCGCUGCACCCGGCACCACCACCAACGAUCCCCCGGUGCCGAGCUACCGCGAUGCUAUCGAGCAGGGAGCCGGGCAGCACCGACGUAACAGCUCCGACUCUGAGCGGUCCGCAUCCGACACAGCGGGCGAUGAUGAAUCGGAAUCGAGUUCCGAUGAUUCCACCAAUACAGUGACACCUCUGUCCCACAACCCCCCCUCGGAAACCUAA